AUGCAGAGACCAACUUUUAUUGAAUAUGCUCAGAGAACAGGUAGAGGCAUGAUUACUGGCCAUGGUUUUGCUCUUAUGGGGUCAAUGAAGCACGCACUCUUUGAGGCCCCUUAUGGAUCAAAAAUGGCUGAAUUUAAAUCCAAUUUUGCUUUAACAUCAAAGCAAAAUGCUGUUAGCAUGGCAAAAUGGGCUCUUUGCUCUGCUACAAUCACACCAUAUAUAACUUCUCGCAUUAAAAAUCCAAUAGUUGCAGAUAUCGCUGAAGGUUCUAUGGUUGGUGCUCUCUUAGAAUGGAGAAAUGGUAUGAAGGGAAUUGCAUCGGGGGCUUUCCAAGGUGCCCUUCAGUCAGUUUUCAUGACAGUUGUCGGAAAAGGUCUCCAGAUCGUACUUACACCAAUUAAUACAUACAGAAACAAUCAAAGAGUAAAGAAAUUCACAAUUGAACGCAAUCAAAAUACACUUAAGUCUCCAUUUGAGGCCAUUUCUACAGUUUUCUUCAAUUCUCCAAAAUAA